CAGCUUUUGCUGCCUUGCCAAUGGUUGCUAGUGUCUUACAGGACGCUAGCUGUCGAGGUUUGGCGCAGAGAGAAAUCGGCGCGACGCAGGCCCCGUCCGCGUGACCGAGUGCCGAUCUUCUUUUCUCCGGCGCGGCUUCCACCCGCGGGACCAAAAUAAAGCGUUCCUCACCAUUUCCUGUCAGUGAUAUUUUCACAAAUCAAUCCAGCUCCGACGGUCGCUUGCGGGUUGCGUAAGCGCGAGAAUAGACAGCCCCGCGCAAGAGAGAGUAGUUAAGCGGUCACGGACCCUGCGCAAUAUGGGUGAUUUCGCAACCCUCCGAUUCGGCCCGAAAAACGCUAGUCGACGCGUCGUCUUCGGCCACGGCAUCGGCGGGUUAGAUAGAUUCGCCAACACCUUCAUUAAGGGCGCCGUGGAGCACUGGUCCACGGACCCGCGGCUCCGCCACGUCGAGUUCAUCGUGCCGACGGCGCCGACGCGGGAUAUGAGUAUGUUUGCAGCAGGCGCAACGGCGGAUGUCAGAGAGAUGCUAGGUGACGCGAAGCUGCCGGCCUGGUUUGACGCUGGACAGGACGCGUCACUACCUAAUGGCUGGCGACUCAACCGCGAACACAUCGCGGAGUCGAAGCGGACGUACAUCAAUCUGGCGACGCAGGACGGCGCAACACUCGAGACCACGGUCUUCGGCGGGUUCUCGAACGGCGGCGCCCAGGCCUUGGUCACCGGCCUCCAGACCCCGUGCGCCGGGAUCUUGUGCCUCUGUUCGUCGCUCUUUGGCUUUCGCGAAUUUGAUGACAAAGACCUGCAAAUCCCGAAGCCAGUUCUCUACUGCACCGGCGAGAAGGACCCGUACGUACCGCUCGAAGAAAUCGAGAAGGACAAGGCGUUCCUCGCGGACCGCUCGGCAUGCGACGUCCAGGUCCGAACGUUCAAUAUGGGCCACGAGUCCUGCGAGCAGGAGCUCGCGGUCUGCGCGAACUGGCUGGCGAAGGUGCUCGCGGUCGACGGCGACGACGACGCUUUGGGGGCCGCGGCGGGCGUGGACUUCAUCAAGUAGACGGCGCGGUGCGAAUCUUGGGGUUCUGGUGAUAGAGCUUGAAUAAUUAUCAAUCAAUCGG